AUGUUCUCCCCCGCCUCCCCCAUCGACCGUCUCGUGUCCCAGUACUACCAACAGCUCGAACUUCCCUCUCUUGCUCUCCCCGACAACGCCACGCUCCUCACCCCCACCACCCAACAUGCCCUCUACAACCGCAUGUUCAACGAGUCCGACCCCGCCCUCUGGCCGCUGCCCCCCGCCCAUUAUCGCAUGCGCGUGCUCAAAUUGAUCAUCGCCCGCCUUGAGCAAUCACUUACCAAUCCGGAGGAGGAUGAAAUCAUCGACGACCUCCUCGAAACAUGGGGUACCUUACUCACACACCCCAAACCCUCCGCCAUCGCACAAGCCCAACAACUCACCUACAUCAAAUACACCGCCCCGCCGCCGCACCAUCACCCAACCACCGAUUCUGCUCCCGCCGACCUGACACAACAACAACAACAACAACAACAACAACAACAACAACAACAACAACAACAACAACAACAACAACAACAACGAACCACCAUCACCUCCGAAUCCCGCGGCCUGAUCCUCUCCGCGGGCACCACGGGAUUCCGCACCUGGGAAGCCGCCCUCCACCUGGGGACCUACCUCGCGACGGACCCGACCGCCGUCCGCGCCGGGAUCGCCGGGAAACGGGUGAUCGAGCUCGGCGCGGGCACGGGAUUCCUGGGCAUGUUCUGCGCGCAGCAUCUCCAGCCCCGGUCUGUGGUCGUGACCGAUCGCGAGAUCGCCCUGAUUGAGCAGAUCCAGGAUUGUGCAGGGCGGAAUGGACUGGUGGGUGACGGCGACGACGCGCCCGGCAAAAGGUUCGCGGCGGGGAUCUGGGAGUGGGGGACUCCGCUGGAUAUUCCUGGGCUGGGUGAGGGUCGUGUUGGUUCCUCGGGAGGGGGAGGGGGAGGAGAGCUACCGGGAGAUGGCGCCGUGGGUGAAGAAGCGAAGAAGGGUCUUAAGUUCGAUGUCGCAUUGGGCGCGGAUCUGAUCUACGAUGUUGACCUUGUUCCCCUCCUUGUCGCGACCAUUCAGGACCUCUUCGCCAACUAUGGUCUACAGCAAUUUAUCAUCUCCGCCACUUUGCGGAACGAGAACACUUUCCGCACGUUUUUGAGAGCUUGUGAAGAUCAAGAGUUCACUGUCGAGCAACUCCCAUUCACAUCACCUCCCGAGGCAGAGCAGAAGGGCUUCUAUCAUUCCACGGCGAUCCCAAUCCAUAUAUAUCGGAUCACAAGACCGACAGCCUAG